UCUUCCUCUUCCCAUUCCCUUUGUAUUCUUCAAUUGACUUGGACUUCUUCCACCUCAGUAUCUUCUUCCAGAGAGAGAACCGAAUCAAGAAAUAAUGGCCACUGCGAACUCCGUCUUGGCUUUGGUAAAGGCUUACCGGCCUUCUUUUAGAAACCCUCACGACAAAGUAGCUUUUGCUGUUCACGCCUCCCUUCUCGCCUCCGGUUAUGUUCUUACUGCCACUGGGCCUCCAGCUUUCUCCGACACUGCUUUGUCCUCCUCUUCUACUGAUGAUGAAGUUGGGAUAGAGGGAUGGAAUGCAACGGAUGAAGAAUAUGGUUUCCUAUACCGGAAAGAGGAUAACGGUGUCAAGAAAUCGCUCCUAGUGAAAUGUUUGGUAAUGGGGGAUAAAUUAAUUGUGGAUGCACUUGUCGUGGGAGACGGAGAGGAGAAACCUGUCAAUCUCCAAAUCGAUGUUGACAAGUAUGAUGGGGCAAGUGAGAGCACCAACUAUUCUGACAUGUAUAAGAAUUUUGGGGAACUUGUGAAUAGUUUGAAUUCUGGUAUUUUGGGUAAAUUGGAUGAAUCCUCUGCGUCUUGCAGUUCAACAAGGUCAAAAGCAAGUGGCGGGUCAGAAGAUAAACCAAUUGAUCAAGGUGUGGGAGUCAUUGGGCCUCGAGGCUCUCAACCAUAUCCUGCUGGUCCUGUGUUUCCUCAAGUUCCUCCAUUUGGUGAGACUGAUCUUGUUCCAGGAGGUGGUGCUGGAAUGUAUCCCCCCAGGGGCACUGGCAUUGGUGGAGGCAUGCUUAUAGGUCCAAAUGAUCCUCGCUGGUUUGGUGGCGUGGAUGGACAGCCAGGAUUUCCUGGGGGAGCUCCGGGUGUUCCACCAGGUGCUCGUUUUGAUCCUUACGGUCCUCCUGGUGUUCCUGGUUUUGAGCCAAACCGUUUCGUAAGAAACCCACGGAGGCCUGGAGGCAAUACACAUCCAGACUUGGAGCAUUUUGGGAGUGGUUCUGAUUUUAUUUAGGACUAUGAAUGCUUCCGACAUUAACCUUCCGCAGUAGAAAGUUUUUACUGUAAUUCCAUUUUCUCCCUUUAUAACUUCAAUUUUGUUGGUUUGUAUCGAGGGAGACAGUUGUUAGAAGAAGUAUUGU